GGUCUGCUUUCCCUGUAGUCUGUAAAAUUGCCAGCAUUCCUGUCAAACCUGUUCACGAGUGAACGUGUCACUCGUCAUCCCACGGAACUCUCAUAUUUUAGCCUCUUUUAAGUUUUCCCAUCCGACUAACUUCAGCUUUAAUUUGAAUAAUUUUUAUCUCUAGACUACAUAUAGAAUGUCUGCCCGAGCCAUUUGGGAAGCCACGGGCAAGAGUUUGAUUAACCGGAAUUUAAAUUAUUCUAACGGUGUGGCCAAGUGCCGCUUCGCCGUCUAUGACCAAAGUGUACCAUGGAACCAACUUGUCGAACAGGAGCCUUGGCUAGAAACAGAGAAAUUGGUGGUGAAGCCGGAUCAGCUCAUCAAAAGACGUGGUAAAUUGGGUCUUAUCAAGGUCAAUGUAGAUCUCGCCCAAGUUCAGGAAUGGGUAAACGAACGAAUCGACAAAGACGUUCAGGUGGGGAAGGCGACUGGCAAACUGCGUCGUUUCAUUAUCGAACCGUUUAUUGCACAUAAAGACGAGGAAGAGGCGUACGUGUGCAUUUAUUCUGAACGCAACGGUGACGUCAUUCUCUUCCACCAUCAAGGAGGCGUAGACAUUGGCGAUGUAGACGAAAAAGCUUUGCGCCUGUCCGUGGAAAUCGAUAGUAAACCCAGCCAGGAACAAAUAUCAAGCGGUUUGCUGGUUAACGUUACCGAUGCUGCCAAAAAACAACGAGUUGCUGAAUUUAUCGUUGCCCUCUACGAUGUCUACGUCAAUCUGCAUUUUACCUAUAUGGAAAUUAAUCCGUUGGUGGUGACGGAUGAUGGUGGAGUAUUCAUGCUGGAUCUGGCGGCCAAGAUCGAUGCCACGGCCGAUUUUCUGUGCCGCACCAAGUGGGGAGAUAUUGAAUACCCACCUCCUUUCGGUCGCGACGCCUACCCCGAAGAGGCCUAUAUCGCCGAUUUGGAUUCGAAGAGCGGCGCUUCUUUGAAAUUAACAAUCUUGAAUAGGGCCGGUCGUAUUUGGACCAUGGUGGCCGGCGGUGGUGCUUCAGUCAUUUACUCAGAUACCAUCUGCGAUCUAGGAGGAGCUAGCGAAUUGGCCAACUAUGGCGAGUACUCUGGUGCUCCGUCCGAACAACAAACUUAUGAAUAUGCCAAAACCAUUCUGAGUCUUAUGACGCAAGAUAAACACCCUGACGGAAAGGUGCUGAUCAUUGGUGGUGGAAUCGCUAAUUUCACUAAUGUGGCGGCCACGUUCAAAGGCAUUGUCAAGGCCCUGCUGCAGUACCAGGUCAAGUUGGUGGAGCAUAAGGUUUCAAUCUUUGUCCGCCGAGCUGGACCCAACUACCAGGAGGGACUUCGAGUGAUGCGUGAAGUAGGCGCUAACUUGGGCAUACCUGUGCACGUUUUCGGGCCGGAAACCCACAUGACUGCCGUUGUGGGCAUGGCUCUUGGCAAACGUCCCAUUCCUAGCGCAUCUGUAGUAGAAUUCUCUACAGCUAAUUUCUUGCUGCCAGGCGGCCAGGAAGAUGAGUUGCCUAGAGCGCGGGCCGUUUCCCAGGACUCUGGUGUAGGAAACCGUAACUCUUGGGACGAGAAAGAAGGAUCACGUGCCACUGCCGCAGCUUCGGCCUCAUCCCUGGCUUUUCUAAAACCAUUGUUCACCUCCGAGACCAAAGCGAUCGUGUGGGGCAUGCAGACGCGUGCCGUCCAAUCUAUGUUGGAUUUCGACUUUGUAUGCAGACGCAAAGAACCUUCCGUAGCUGCCAUGGUGUACCCGUUCACUGGAGACCACAAGCAAAAAUUCUAUUGGGGUCACGGUGAGGUGUUUAUCUCCGUUUACAAAUCGAUGGACGACGCUAUGAAGAAGCAUCCCACUGCCGACGUCAUGGUCAAUUUUGCCUCUCUCCGUUCCGCCUAUGAGAGCACGGUGGAGGCUAUGACUUACCCGCAAAUCCGCACCAUUGCCAUCAUCGCUGAAGGCAUUCCUGAGAAUUCGACGCGCAAACUGAACAAGUUGGCCGCCCAGAAAAAUGUGUCUAUUAUUGGCCCAGCUACUGUGGGUGGCAUUAAACCUGGUUGCUUGAAAAUUGGCAACACUGGCGGUAUGAUGGAUAACAUCCUUCAUUCAAAGCUCUAUCGUCCUGGCAGCGUGGCGUAUGUGUCGCGCUCUGGUGGCAUGUCCAACGAAUUGAACAACAUUAUCGCUCAUCACUCGAACGGUGUCUGCGAAGGCGUUGCCAUUGGUGGAGAUCGUUACCCGGGGACAACCUUCAUUGACCAUCUGCUCCGCUAUCAAAACGAUCCGGAAGUCAAGAUGUUGGUCCUUUUGGGUGAAGUUGGAGGCGUCGAAGAAUACGACGUUUGCCGAGCUUUGACCGAUGGAAGAAUUAACAAGCCUUUGAUUGCUUGGUGCAUUGGCACGUGCGCUAGCAUGUUCUCAUCCGAAGUCCAAUUUGGUCACGCCGGAGCUUGUGCCAAUGCCGAACGUGAAACGGCCCUGUCCAAGAACAAGGCUUUAGCUGAAGCUGGAGCUCAUGUGCCGCAAAGUUUCGACGAUUUGGGAGAAGUCAUUCAAAAAGUUUACAAUCAAUUGGUUAGCGACGGAACGAUUGUACCUCGCGAGGAAGUUCCGCCACCCACCGUACCGAUGGAUUAUUCGUGGGCUCGCGAACUUGGGCUGAUCCGCAAACCUGCCUCAUUCAUGACCAGCGUCAGCGAUGAACGCGGUCAAGAGCUUCUCUAUGCUGGAAUGCCCAUCAGCGAGGUACUGAAACAAAACCUAGGCAUCGGUGGAGUGAUUUCGUUGCUUUGGUUCCAGCGCCGUCUGCCCGUCUAUGCGUGCAAAUUCAUCGAAAUGUGUUUGAUGGUGACUGCUGAUCACGGACCGGCCGUCUCCGGGGCUCACAACACAAUUGUGUGCGCUAGAGCCGGAAAAGAUCUCGUAUCCUCUUUAGUGUCUGGACUGUUGACCAUUGGCGAUCGUUUCGGUGGCGCUUUGGAUGCUGCAGCCCGUCAAUUCAGCGAAGCUUACGAUGCCGGACAACAUCCAAUGGAAUUCGUUAAUAGCAUGCGCAAGAAGGGUGAACUGAUUAUGGGCGUUGGUCAUCGCGUUAAGAGUAUUAACAACCCCGACAUGCGUGUCACCAUUAUCAAAGAGUUUUUACGCGAACACUUUCCAGCCACGCCCCUACUCGACUACGCGCUCGAAGUUGAGAAGAUAACCACCAGCAAAAAGCCAAAUUUAAUUCUUAACGUGGACGGCAUUAUUGGCGUGGCUUUUGUCGACCUUCUCCGCAACUCUGGAUGCUUUACUCGGGAGGAGGCACAUGAGUACAUAGAGAUCGGCACGAUCAACGGCCUUUUCGUCUUGGGUCGAUGCACGGGCUUUAUCGGCCACUAUCUGGAUCAAAGGCGAUUGAAGCAAGGACUAUAUCGUCAUCCUUGGGACGACAUUUCUUAUAUCCUGCCGGAAAAAUACUCUGAAUAGGAGCCCCGCUGUAGGCGCCAGUUGAAGAAACGAGAACGUAGCUGUAUCAAAAAAGCGGAAGAAAGAUAAUCUUCGUAGUUCGAUGUGAUAAUAGAAGAAGGAAGAGAGAAAAAAAGAGCAAAGGAAAAAAAAAAAAUUAAAUAGAAGACAAGCUUCAUAGGCAGCUUUCAAACGUCGAUGUCUUCAUUGUUGUGAUGCACACUCUUCAGCACCAAGACUUUUCCCUCAAUUUUGCACUCGUAGAUAGGAGAAGAGGUGGGAAUGCACACACGCACAACAAGGCACUUGAAAAGGCAAAAGAAAAAAAAAUUUUUUUAAAUUUGCGUGUUUUUUUUAUCGUUGUCCCCUCCCCCCUCCCAUUUCUUCUCUGCUUGGCAAGAGGAGAAAUGAAUUGCUCUUCCGGAAAUUUGUCUCGAAAAACGAAACGUCUCCAUUCUGAAAAUAUCAUUCCUCUUUUUAUAUUUUAUUUUUUUCGAUUCUCGCAUUUUCCGAAAUGCAAAAUGACACUGAUACGUUCCAUCUGUAGCAUCAAAGAUUUCAACAAAUUUAAUCUCGUUUUUAGUUUAAACUAAUCCCAUGAUUUUUGUUCUUUUUAUCAUUUUUUUACGGUGUACGGGACAGAGUAAAUGUUUUGAUUUUUUUUUUCACCCAAGAGCAUCAUUGGCUAUUUUAAAAAUUGUUGAGCAAUAAACGGUGUUUUAGUGUG